AUGUGUGUACUGGACUUGCUGGAACACCCCAGCUCUGGUCGUCUUUCUGAAAUGAAAGAGGAGCAGUUUGACCGAGACAAGUUAAAGAGUGAAGCUUUCCAGAGGUCUUACCAAUACCUCAGCAGAUAUGAGAGGAAGGAAGACCUGGACAAUUUCCUUUUUGUCCCUGAGAAGACUGAAGGGACAGAGAAAGAGUGCUUGAAGCUCUUACUGGAGUUCUGUGGAAGAUACAACCCUUCCUGGACUGAGCUUAGCAACUUCACUCAUUUCCUAAACUUCCAGCUAAGCAAGUGUGAGGAAUCGGUUUUCUGUAGCCCAGCAGCUGGAAAGGAUUUCCAGGGGUUUAAAACAUUUGUGGUAAAAUUCAUGAUAACCAUGUCCAAGGACUUUGCUGUGCCUUCUCUUGACAUCUCUGAUGAAAGCGUGCGAAGUGCAGAAAAUGAUGCUGAGGAAAACAGCAUUAUGAGACAGUACCAGCUAAGACGAAAAUGGGAACAAGAGUCUCACCCCUAUAUAGUCUUCCAUCCAGAAAAUGACUCUAUGGAGUUCUUGGGUUUCCACAUCAACAGUAAUUUGGAUGCUAUUGAUGCCUAUUCUCAAGCUGUCUUGGAAAGGAAUGUUAUCAAAGAAAAACUAUACCGCACUUUGAAAGACCAGAAUGUUCCUUUCAAUAAGAAGUUUGAAGACUUGCCCAGAACAAUGCAGCUGGAGGUCCUCUGCAGAGUAUUUGGUGUGAGCUGCAUCCAAGAUCCAGAUGAAUCAUAUCAGCUGACACUAGACAACACCAUGAAGAUGCUUGCCAUUCACCUGCGGUUCCAGUGUGGGAUCCCUGUAAUCAUCAUGGGCGAAACAGGUUGUGGGAAGACAAAGCUUGUGCAGUUCAUGUGCAGUCUACAAAGAGCAGGCAGGGACAUUCAGAACAUGGUGGUGGUACGUGUCCAUGGUGGCACUACCUCCAAGACCAUCCACAAGAAAGUUAGGCACGCAGUUGAGCUGGCACGCAUCAAUGAAGAAAAGCACAAAGUGGACACCAUACUCUUUUUUGAUGAAGCAAACACAUCAGAAGCUAUCUUUGCAAUCAAAGAGGUGCUGUGUGAUCACAGUGUAAAUGGAGAGAAGAUUCUCACUAAGAGUUUAAAAGUAGUAACUGCUUGCAACCCUUACAAAAGUCACACCAAAGAAACUGUAGAGAAACUUGAAAAAGCUGGCUUGGGGUACCUAGUCCGAAGUGAAGACACACUGGAGAAAUUGGGCUACACUCCUUUGCGGCAGCUGGUGUAUCGGGUCAAGCCCCUUCCACCUAGCUUAUUGCCUCUUGUCUGGGAUUUUGGAGAGCUGAAUGAAAAGACACAGAACCUGUACAUCAGAGAGAUUGUAAAGUCUGCCAUGAAGAACAAGAUUGCCAUGGGAAAUUUGGACAUCUUUACCAGUGUCAUUUCAGCCUCUCAGAAGUUUCUCAGAAAGAAGAAAGAUGAAUGCAGAGUUGCCAGUCUUCGGGAUAUAGAGCGCUGCAUGAGCAUUGCGCUCUGGUUUUAUAAAUUAAGAGACCUGCUAUUUCCUCAGAUUGAUAAUAAGAAACACAAAAAGAAACAGGAUCCAAUGUUAAAUGAUGCACAAAGGGCCUUGAUCCUUUCAGUGGGAGCUUGCUAUUAUGUAUCUCUGGAGAGCCGCAAAGAUUACCUAGAGGAGAUCGCAAAAUGCUUUUCUGUCCCUGCAUCCCUGCUGCACCAAGAGAUUGAGCUUUGUCAAGAGGUAUUUCUUGAUAACCUCUCUGUUAAUGAGGCAAUAGCCCGCAAUGAUGCUCUGAGGGAAAACAUCUUCAUGAUAGUUGUAUGCAUGGACCUACGAGUUCCACUCUUUCUGGUUGGGAAGCCGGGAAGCUCAAAAUCCUUGUCUAAAACCAUUGCUGUGAAUGCCAUGGAGGGCAGGAGGUCCAAAAGCCAGUUGUUCAAAAGAUGCAAGGAGAUUCAGCUGGUGUCUUUUCAGUGCAGUCCCCAUUCAAAGCCAGAAGGGAUCAUCUCUGUUUUCCGACAAUGUGCACAGUUCCAGAAGGGGAAGAAUCUGGAUGAGUUUGCUUCUGUGGUCCUCCUGGAUGAGAUUGGUCUUGCAGAAGACUCACCAGAGAUGCCACUGAAGACACUGCACCCUCUUCUUGAAGAUGGAUGUAUUGAUGAUGAAAACCCAGAAUCUUACCAAAAAGUUGGCUUUGUAGGCAUUUCAAACUGGGCCCUAGACCCUGCCAAAAUGAACAGAGGGCUUCUUGUAUUUCGGACUGACCCUAGCAAAGCAGAGCUAGUGAAAACUGCAAAGGGCAUCUGUGCUUCACAGCCUCACCUUGAAAGCAUUGAGUAUUUGUUCCCUUUGCUGGCAGAACUCUACUGCAAGGUGCUAAAAACACAAAAAAAUGAGUUCUUUGGGCUCCGUGAUUUCUACAGCUUGAUCAAAAUGAUACUGUCCUAUACCCAGGACAAGAAAUACAUCUCUCAAGAGGAGAUCAUUAUAAAGGCCACUCAGAGAAACUUUGGAAGAUGCAGUGACAUCAAUCCUGUCGAGCUCUUCCGUGCAUCAGAUCAAGAUUAUUCCCAGGUAUGCCGGUCUGUCAGCAGGGUGAAGAUCUGCAUGGAGACAGGCAGGCCUGUUGUUCUUUUAAAUAUACACAACCUUUACGAGAGCCUUUAUGAUGCACUUAACCAGUGCUUUGUUAGCCUGGGGGGAAAUUACUAUGUGGACCUGGGUCUUGGCACUCACAAAGUGAAGAGCCGUGUGAAGGACGAGUUCAGACUCAUUGUGAUAGAGGAGGAGAACAUAGUCUAUCUGAACUGGCAGCAGCAACAGCUGAAGCAGGACCUGCAGACCUGGGCCAGUCUGUUUGUCUCUGUUGACAGCAGCAGGUUCUCCAACAUUUCGUCCACCAAGCUCAGUCCCAAGGAACAGGAUGUAUUCAUUGGUUUCAGCAAUGACACAUCUGCAGCUGUUGCUUUGGAGAGCACUCGGAGCAAGUCCUGGGGAGACCUUGAGCCCUAUGAAGAGUCAGUGCUCUCUGUUGCCAAAGGGAAACUUGUUCAGUGUGCAACCCCUGACUCCAUCCUGCGCCUUAAAUACUCCCUUUUGGAAGGUGCUGAGCAGAUCCAAGACUUGUACUUCCACAAGCAGAAGCACAACAGCCUUGUCAGUGUUUUGGAAGAGACAGUCAACCGGCGGCCAAGGAAGGAGAAGACCACUGGGCUCUGUCUGCAGGUCCAUGUACUUCACUCCAGGAUGCACUCUGCUUCUCCUCUUGACCUGGGUAUGGUAGAUCUGCUAACAGACAGGCUGUGGGUGCCAGCUUCUAACUCUGAAGACUCUGGAGGUUCAUGGGUUUCUACACAUGCAAGACUUCUAAAUGAGAGAGACUUAGAAGAGAUAAAGAAGACACUUAACCUUCAAAAUAAAAUCCACUGCCUCUUCCUAAGCCAGUUUGAUACCGAAUACACUUUCCGCCAGGAACUCAGGUACUGUAUCAUAGAUGAGAGAAGAAAAUCAACAGGCACAAGCCCAUCACAUGUUGUGCUGGCCACUCAAGUCCCACGAGUUCUGGGAGGCUGCAGCUACCUGGCAUUUGACAGUGAACAAAGUCCAGCUGGACACCAGUCACUAGUGGUGUUACCUCAAGGAUUGAUACUGGGGCCAGUGCCGUUUAACAUCUUCAUUGAUGACCUGGAUGAUGGGACAGAGUGUACCUUCAGUGAAUGGAUGUCAAUCCACCUGGAUGAUCUGAUGCCUCCAGACAACUUUACAGCCAAUCUAGGCCAGCUCGCCAAAAUGACUAUUGCUGACAUUUUCAUGACCGCUUUCCAGGGACGUCUCCCGACAGGUUCUCCAGAAGAGUCUUCUGCUCCUGAAGAUCCAGCCAAAUCCAGUCUUUUUCCAGAAGGAAAUCUCCUCAGCAUCGACUCUAUCAUCAAACAGAGCAUCCAGAAAGCUGUGAUCCAGCUGGAAGACAAGACAGAUAACAGUCGGCGUGCCACUGAGAGAAUCAUGAUCAUUCAUAACUUGCUUUUCCAGGGUCACAGUAGAACCACAUUUUCUAGUCAUUUUAUGAAUGUGCUGAAAGUGCGAAUUUGCCACCUCCUACAAGAACGUGAGAAAAUAAGCUUUGAGCCAAGGGAGUGGAUUUUCCGCAGAGCUGUCUCCAGUGAGUUCAUCCUUGAAGAUACUUCAUUCAGGCGUGCGCUCUGGAUGCAUUUAGAAGACAUUGUGGCCAAUCUGUUUGCUCAAAUUCUCGCAGUGGUGGAUGCAAACAACAACCUGGAUCAUCUCUCUCCACUGUCUCCAUUUUCAGAACUGUGGCUUCAGAUGUUCCAAGAAGAAUCAUUCUUGAGAAUUAAAUAUACCAGCAAGAAACAAGAUUCUAAGAUUUCCGUGUUGUCAAUGACUGAAGACCCGAACACAUCUGUUUUUUGCCAGUUCCCAUUCAGCUGGGUUUUGAAGGCCUACCUGGAGCAACUGUGGGAGAGAGUCUAUAAUAUGAAAGGUCAUCCAAAAGUGCCAAUGAAGGAACCAGCCAAAUUGUUCCAAGCACUAAUCAAGAAUGUGUUGCCGCCAGAUGGCAGUAAUCCAGAGAUGAUGCAGUGUUACACGAAUGACUUUCUAAGGAUGACUUUUCCUGGGCAAGAUAUUUCUGUCUAUGAGAUUCUGUCAAAAGCUCUUCUAGUCAAUGCGAAACAGCUCUGCUUCUCUGUGGGGCAGGAGGAGAUGAGCUUUUCCCCCAUUUGGCUUCAUAUGGAAUAUUUCUACCUACGAGAGGAAUAUCAACUCUUUGUAGACUUGGUAAAAAGUGAUGAGACUGUAACAAGCGAGCUGCAAAAGAUGUAUGAGAAGGACCCGCCAGAAAUGUUUGUCACUCUUGACACCUUGAACAUUCUCCUGAAGAAAGUGCAGCCCACAGACAAUCUUCUGUCGUUUGAGGGCUGUAAAGAAUGGCUUAGAAGGGUCAAGUCCAUUAAGCCCUGGAUGCAGUGGAUCAGUACGGACAACUACCAGAUUCAUCUUUACCAGAAGAAAAGGGAACUCCUGAGGCGUGUGUUACAUCAAUGGACCUGCACCAACAUUGUCUACAUGUUCUUUGACCACCUGCUGCACAAUGAGACACAGAUAGAUGAGAAGCUUCUGAGACUUCUUGUGAAGCAGUUCAUCUUCACCUGGAAUCGUCUGACUGAAACGCAAAAUUUUGAGCCAGCAGAAAGUUUUGAGUUGGUGACAAAAGUGCUCAAGAAAUGCAACCAAAAUGCUGACACUGUGUACCUUGUGAAAGGUGUGAAGGACUGCAAGAGCUGUCUACUGGAGAUCACCGACCCAGCAGAGCUGCCCUGUGGUCACAUUUUCUGCUCGCAGUGCAUCUGUGAGUGGAGAAGCAAGCAGUGUAAGAUCUGCAAGAAUAACUUCCCAGAGGAUUAUACACCCACAGCUACAGCAGCCACAAGGGAAGCUGUUGCAUGUCACAACAAAUUCAGGAGGAAAUGUAACUCCUUCUUUGUGGAGUUUGUCACCACUUCCGUCUUGGGAGACAGAGACCCACCAUCCCCAAAAGUCAUCACUCAGCUAAUCCAGUUUGUGGCCCGCAAGCCACCCAGCCCUGAGCACCAGACAGUAAAAAGGGUGUGCAAGUCAAAAAGUGAGCUGUCACCUUUUGAAGAGUGCAUGGACACCAGUCCAACAAUCAAGUCCUCCCUCUUGAAACUGCUCCUGCGACAUGGGUUCAACAACAUAAAGGUUCACCUGGAAGAAUACCUUUCUGAGAUGGAGGAAAAGAUAACCUUCAACAAAAGGAACUGGAACCAUUUCAACUUCAUGGUUGUGCAUUGUCUGGAGGAUUUUCUGUAUCCUUCUUCACAAGAAGAUAUCAGCCAGCUUGCUGAAAGCUGCCUCUCUACUGCAGACCUUUCUGCUUUGUGCUCACAGAAGGCCUCAAAAAUUGACACCCUCCAGUUCAUAGCCCGUCUCCGUUUCUCCAUCAGCCACGUGGCCACUGUGCUUGGCAGACGGGUGCUCUGUGCUGCAGAUCCGAACAUACCAUCUCCUGGUGGGAACAAGCAAGAAGAGCAAGACCUGGUGAAUGCAAUGAAGAAACUGGUUGCAAAUGCACAGACACCAUGGCCUCAAAUAUUCCUCAUUAGAAAUCUCUAUCACAGCUAUGGGUUCGUCCCAAUGCAGAAGAUCCUUCAAGAAGAAAAAUGGAUUUUACCCAGAGGGGUUGAAAUUUCACAGCCUGUCAUAAAACAAAUGGAAAAUAUUCUCCAAACACCAUUGUUCCCAGAAGACCCUCUGGAAAACAAGAUGAAGAAGAUUGUGGAUGCUCUGUUCAGACACAAAAAGAAUAUCUUGAUGGAGGUGGUGUUUCACACUGCAUUUACUCUGGCCCUAUCCCAAAGUCCCCUCACUCAACUUUUCAGUAAUAUCUGCUUUAAGCCUCAUGUGGUGAAGUCCACUGAGAGCAAACUGAGACUGUCUGUCACUAUCUGUAUUGAAAGUGGGGGACACAGCCUGAUGCAGAUGCCCAUCUCUCUCCGCACAGAGGAUAAAACAGGAAAAGGAUACAUCCUUGGGAGCCCUUUUAUACGGAGAACUGAAUUGGAGAGGGACCUGUCACCUGCCUCUGUCUGUCUUGCAAGAACUCUACUGCAUUCGUCCAUGCUGCUGGGGAUCUACACAGAUAAAGAGGCGAUUCUGAGUCUGAUGACAAAGAAGCCAAAGGAUGUGGCAAAAUUCUUCUGGGACCACCUUGAAAAAGAUAUUGAAUGCCUAGCAGAGGCACUUAGCAGAAACACGGAGGAUGCCACUGUAACUGUCCACCUGUUCCUCCAGCACUUAAGCAACAGUACAACAGGACAAAACAUGGCCUUGAAUAUUUUGCUUACGCAAGAAGACCGAAGGCAGUGGGAAAGCUGCUUUAAAAGCCUGACUCAGCCAUUCUUCCAGGCCUUGGAGAAGAACCUUACUUCUGUCAAGCAGCAGAGGAUGAGAGAUCCUCAGGGCUCCAACCUGCUCCUACAAAUAGCUUAUGGCUAUAUGACUCCUUUCAAAGACCAGCCAAACCUUGGACUGAUUGGCCUGUCCUGCAUGUGGAGAUUUGAACAAAAGAUGUCCAUCCAGACCCUGAUAAAUCUUUUUCAGCAAGAACACAGAGAAGAUGAAGGAAACCACUACCCUGUUCUUCUGGAGCUCAUAUCUAAGCUCCAAAAUAUCCAGCAUGUCCAACACCUGCCUGACAUUUUCAGUCUGCAGAAAGCCCUGAUCCACUUCUUCCAGAACAGCCAUGGACGGGAAAUAUGUUCAGUACAACAGUUCCUAGACCAAUAUGAACUGUCAGAUGUCAGAGUCCCCCUGGACCAGUUGCCAAAGGACAUCAAUGCCAACACUGCUGUCCUGACACUCCUCCCAGCUCCACUUUCUGUUGGUUACCUUGUGACAAGGCUCCUCAUACAGCUCCAGAACAGUUGUGUGGACACAGCUACGCAGAUCACCAAGGAAAAGCAAUGGAUCAUCUCUGCUGAAGAAGUGAAACCAUCUUCAGUGCUGAAGAUAACUGAGAAUGAUCUGAUCACUGCGGCACUGGCCAACUCCCAGUAUGUGAUAGAGGAAGACGGUACCGAGACAACACAUUUUGACUUCCAGACACUGCAGCGGCAAGUGAUGCAACGUUUUAUCAGUGGGAAACCUAUCAUCAAAGCUCAGACGGCUCCAUGCUUCGCGCUGAGCAGCAUGAAGACCCUGUACUACACGAAAACAAAAGUGAGAGAACAGCUACAACAGGAAUCACUGAGUGUGAACCAGCUGAAAUGGAUCAUGGAAGAAGCCCAAUCGAUAAAUACUAUUUCCCAAACACUUGCCACCUUGAAUGUGGCUGCCGAGUUCCUGGCUGUGACUGGGGGGGAUCCAGAGCGCCAGUUGUCUGAAUACGUAAAAAAUGAGCUGAAGAUGGAUGCAAAUGCAGAACAGUUCAGAGACAUGCCAGUGGUACCAAACACUCAGCUGAAGCACAUCCUGUCUCUGUGGCAGACGUUGUCAGCAAAGAGAUCUGUGCUGCUGGUGCAGAUGAAUCAGAAUCCCUUCUGCUUGGUUUCCGAGCAGUACCAGAAGGAGUUGAGUGCAGAGGAGGACAAGGCUUUGAAUACUGCACUCUCCACAGUUAACCUGGACUUGUUCCUCAUUGAGCUCCAUGAGAUGAUCAUUGCGCCUCCAGAUGACUUUGAUCCACAGUGGGGGUUAAAGGAAACUUUCAUAUCCUUCCUGGAAGACAGGCGAGAUGAUGCCUCCAUUGCAAACCUGACAGGCACUUUGAGUCCAGACCUACUACUGAGGAAUGUUGUUUCCAUCUGGAAGAAAGCUGUGAGGACCAGCAAACUUCACAGCCUUGCCUACAUCCAGAAGAGACCAACCUAA